CGAUAGCGGUUCGUUAUCAAACAGCGAUCCACCGAAAUGUCCCAUGGUGACUAUUUACCGAGACCAAAACCUCCUCAGGAUUACGAAGAUGCUUCCGCUGCAGCAGAGAAGCGUGAUAUGGCCAGUAAAUUUGGGGGAACUUACCUUCCACCUGGGAAGCUUUAUCGUGACCCAAAUGAAAUAAGCUCCUCAAAUGCAAAGGAAUCGCUGAUGAAAAAACUAUUGGAUGAUGCUGAAAGAGACGAUCACAGAAAGUCUUUCGAGAUUAUGACGAAGGGAGCUGUAGACAUGCGGUCUAUGUCGAUGCAAGACAGAUUAUUAACGUCUGCAAAGAUGAAUCCUUUGGUUCCUUUAGGAUUAUUAGGCAGCAUCCUCACAUUAUUUGUUGGAGUACGAUCUGCAUAUAAAGGACAAACCAACAAAAGCUAUAGAUUGAUGAAUGUAAGGUUUGGAUUUGGAGUAGUAACUGUUGUUGCUUUGUUUGGUUGGCAACAUUUGCAGAAGCGGAUAUUUCAGGAUCGUUUGCGUGCCCUUAAAAAAGAGUUACUAGAGGAACUUGGCGAAGAUGAAAGUUCUUUGAAUGUACAGUAAAAGUGAAUGAGGAGCUUGAACUAUCAACAAAGACACAUACAUAAAUACAAACUGAUGUAUGGCCCUCCCCAGGCAACCAAUAUCAGUUGGAACUAAAAUGUAUAUACUUCCUGCAGAUGAGAAUUUGUUGGUGUUUAAAGAUGCAUUUGAGUUUAUAAUUAAUCUGAACAGACAGCGGAGCCUGGGAUAUUAAUAUUAACAUAAUUUCUAACAUUAUACAAGUAUUAAACUGUUGUUUAGGCCUUUUUAGUCAACAGUAUAAUUUCUUUUCCUCCCCAACGUGUUAGAACCACAGAACUCAAAGGGGAAAUAGUUUCGGCCGUUGACUGAUAUCAAAGGCACGAAAUGUCUUUUGCUACCAGCUGAAUAACCCAAAAUUAUCAGAUAUAGGCCAAUUAAAGUGUCAUUACUUCUUAGACAAUCGUGAUCAGGAAGAUACUUCAUCACGAUAAUUUAAAUGCUUUAACACAUUCAGAUGUUCCACAUGCACCAGUCAACAGUUUUGUCUGUUGACCAAAUUUUACAAUUUUCCUGAUUUCUUUAACCGACUUGGUAAUCUUUAUAAUAUCAGUCAAACUUACUAUGCGCUAGGUCAUCUAUCGGAUGAAAACUUGAUUUAUUUUGUAUUGAUUUAUUCACAAACAACUAGGUACGUAUACUGUAAAUGUACUAAUUUUGGCACACUCAAAUUUUCAUUCAUUUCCAAAUUAUAAGAAAUUAGCGCAAUGAAGAAUUGGCACAUUCUCUUAUUUUCUGUAAGAAUAGCACAUAGGUAAUGUAAUCCAUGCAACCAUAAUUUAGUGAGAAAAAAAGGCUAAAAUGAGAUUACCAUUAAAAUAUGUAUGUUUACAGUAUAUUUAUAAGUUAGUAAAACUGAUGUGAAUUGGAGAAAUCAAUAGAGAAUAGGAAAUUUUAAAACAAGUCGGUGAUCUUUGGGAAUUCUUUGUCCAUUCCGAGAUACAGAAGUGAUAAUAAUAGUAUACAUUUUGUAGUAUCAACAGUCUAAUCUAAGAGUUGUAAUAAUAUGAAUAACUGAUUUGCUUAAUUAUGAAAUCUUUUGCAAUUACAAAUUUUGUAAAGUCAGAUGUUGACUAGUGAGUUUGUUUAUGAAUAGGUGUGGAGUAACAUGUAUGUUUAUUGUGAAUGAUCUUGAGUGAGAAUAAAAUGUUUUGUUUUACAUUUGCA